AUGCGAAGCUCACGUGGAGCUCGUGGCCCGACAAUCCCACAUCCACUUUCAUUAUUGUCCACGUUUCUCAACAUGAAUCGAAGCGGGGAUGCAGUAUAUUCGCAACAAGAGCUCGACCGAGUCAUCACACAACUGCUUGAGAAUACUGGGGGGACCAGUACUGCGGCACCGCCAGCAUCGGAUGCUGCUGUCCACGCUUUGCCAAAGAAAAGGGUAAAUGAAGAGAUGAUGGGAUCGGAAGGGAAAGCCUUCUACUCGCACCGCACGCAGUGGCAGAUCUUCGUUGUCUUCAUUGCACGGUCGCCUGUCCCCACAAUUUCCACCCCGCCGGUCCCCUACGCCGGAGGGUGGGCAAUCCAGCAACCGACGGUCCAGCCGGGGCGAAGGUAG